AUGCCUACGGACAUCUCUGAUUCAUUGCCUGAGAAUCUGCUGCUGAUUAACAAUAAGGAAGAGGCAAGUACUGCUAUAAGCUGGAUCCGCCUCCAUCUAGUCCAGGAUAAGCAAUUUGAAUUGCAUUCGCAAGUACCUCUUUGUCCAGCACACGAUGUCUUAGCUGCUUCCAGUUCUACUGCUGAGGUGGUCAAUUGCGCACCAAAAAUGUACAGUUCUCCUAUAUUGGAGGCGGCUGAGGAACCUGCACCUGAGGCUACGAAAUUGGAGUCAAACGAAGUUUCUGUCCAACUCCCUACUUUCCAUGAAUUUAUGCUGCUGGGAAACAGCGAUGAUGACAAGAAGACCUCAUUUGCUGUUAAUGCGGCUAUCAACAAAUCUCCUCAGUCUUCUGAGUCAGAAGAUGGGAAUUUGAAUUUACAGUUAGGGGACGAGAAGGUGAAACCAGUCGAGAAGCAUCGUUUGGCCUCAGCGCAAAUCGACGUUGUUAGCUCCACCUCAUUAGCCCAUGAAUCCGGGCCAUCACAAUUUAUCGUGAAGCUAUUUCAGGGUCAACAAAAGGUCAUUGUCUAUGGACACUGUCUUGAGGCGUACGCCUGUAUCAAUGGCCUCUUGCAUAUUGGCAUCGAUGGGCAACGAAUCGUUCUAGUUCAGCCUCCUUUGAACUAA